GCUUCAAAAUGGAAAGUUUUGGUAUAUUAAAGUGAAAAUGUAUUUGUAUAAAAGUCCUAGUCAACAAUAAAUUAAAAUCCAGUUAAAUAAAAUACUUUGAGCGACUGCUGACAGAUUUACUAAAACCAAUUGAAUCAAUAUGGGCAAGCAUAAGACUUCUAUUCAAGACGAUAUAAUGGUGGAGUUUAUGAAAGACAACCCGCAGAUCGCCAGGGGUUUCGUCAAAGGAGACCGCGCAGCAGCAGAUGCCAAAUGGUCAAAGCUGACAAAAGCAUUAAAUGCAGCAGGACCCCCAACCAAGGAUCCAUCAGGGUGGAAGAAGGUAUGGUCUGACUGGAAAAUUGUGGUACGCAAGAAACUGGUCCGAAACAAGCAGGAGGUCGAGAGUGCUGGCGGCGAGCCAUACUCCCUGGUGGCUAUCCAGCCAAUCGAGGAGGAGAUUGCUUCCUUGUGCGGCUUUUUUGCGAUGGUGAAUGGAGUAGGAGGAGGUUUCGAUUUUGGAACACCGAUAAAGCAAGAGGUAGACCAAUUAGAGGAAUCGCCAUUGUCUCCAAUAUCGACGACCCGGUUUGGUGAGGAAUCGGAAGCUGAAGCAGAGCCCAGAGCGAAACGUGCUCGCCCGUCUGCUCCACCUUUGAAUUUGGAGAAUCUCUGCUCUCUACAAGCAGAAACUUUGAAUUCGGUGGCUGAAACUUUGAAAGAAAUGAAAGAGCAGCAAAGCAGCCAUUUCAAAGCUUUGGAAGAAAUAGAACGGGAGAAGCUUGAGGUUUUAAAAAAGCUAUUAAAUUAAAACAUUAGAACGGCCUAGCUGAGCAAGUGUACCAGCUAUCUCUAUUCACGUACGAGUAUUGAUGGUCUUCUUAUUCAAUUCCAUUAUCAUAUUCCCGAAGUCCGGCCCAAACUAAAUAAUCUGCGACUGGCGAUUUAAGUAUGCGGUAGAUAUUGAGGAAGGCGCUGCAAGUAUUAAUAUUGCUGCAUGCGAAUAUGGGGUCAUAGUUAAAUGAGCGUCGAAGGGUCUAAGCCUACUUUUAAGAAGUCAUAAAACACUUUACUAGUUAGUAUAUACAUACAUAUACAUAUGUACAAACAAAAAAAAUGCAUAACAAA